AUGGGCCUGAAGGACCAUCCGGAGGAGGAUGGAGCAGGCCGCAUCCUUGACCUGGGGCUAGAUUUAGAGUACCUCCACAUCGAAGGCUCCGACAGCAGGCAGGCUGGCUCUGACACAGGGCCCAGUAUGGAGCGGGGAGAGGAGGAGGAAGAGGCCUGCGAUAGAAGCAGCAAUAGCAGCUUGUCCACGCCUGGGGGGAAGGAGGGGGAGGUGGUGGGGGAGGAGGAGAGCGCUGGGUCCGACAGUGAGCCGGAGCCAGGCCGAAACAGCACCGGUUCUAACCCGGCUGGAGGAGUGUCCAUUUCAGAGUCAGAUGGAGGUGUGCUUGUUCCCAACACCACCAAACCCCACCAGCCACUGUGCAGGACUCCCUGUGUGGACCUGGGGUCCGAGGGGCCUCCGGAACCUCCGUCGGGGGAGCCUUCACCCGGGGAAGCCCUGAGGGAGUACCAGUCCAAGCUGGAGUUUGCCCUGAAGCUGGGCUACACCGAGGAGCUUGUGCGGCUGGUGCUGGCCAAGCUGGGGCAGGACACGCUCAUCAACGACAUACUGGGAGAGCUGGUCAAACUGGGCAGUAAGGCCGAGACGAACCAACAGCUGACUGGGUCCACGGCUUCACAGCCCGCCUCCUCGUCCUCCUGCUCCUCAUCUUCCUCCUCUUCUACCUGUGGGUAUCUGGAGGCGCAGCAGGGGAGGUCAGACUCCCCCUAUCAGACAGACCUCCUCCUGGGGGACAAGGACAACCUGCGGCCCAUCGUCCUGGACGGUAGCAACGUGGCAAUGAGGUGCGGGUCUAUGAACCAUACUUCUUGAUUACAGAAAACACACAAUGCCUAUUUCCUCCAUUGUAGCCCGUUGCUUGGUCUAUGGAAAGGUACUUGUGUAACUGUUGUCAAAGUCACCUACAUAUUGUUGAUAUGAUGUUAGAGCUUGUAAGGUAGUUAACAUCUGUCUCUUGUAGCCACGGCAAUAAGGAGGUGUUCUCCUGCUACGGCAUCCAGCUGGCUGUUGAUUGGUUCCUGGAGCGAGGUCACCGUGACAUCACAGUGUUUGUGCCCUCCUGGAAGAAAGAGCAGUCCCGCCCUGAUGCCCUCAUCACAGGUAAACACACAGAAACACACACACCUGAGAGUUCACCUACAUAUGUCAGAUGGGCCUCAGUGCUCACUGGAUUACACGUUUCUCCAAUUCUCUCUCUCUCUCGCUCUCUCUAGACCAGGAUAUCUUACGUCGUCUGGAGAAGGACAAGAUCUUGGUGUUCACGCCAUCUCGUCGUGUCCAGGGUCGCCGGGUGGUCUGCUAUGAUGACCGCUUCAUCGUCAAGCUGGCCUAUGAGUCCGACGGCAUCAUCGUCUCCAACGACAACUACCGCGACCUGGCCAGUGAGAAGCCAGAGUGGAAGAAGUUAAUUGACGAGCGGCUGCUCAUGUACUCGUUCGUCAACGACAAGUAAGGAAGGAGUGAUACGGCUCCGGCUUAGUGUUCAUCUUCUUUAGCCUAGAAGUGGUAUGAUGCUCAUUAUGCUAAUACUUGGCUGUAUAGGAUUAAAUAUGUUAAUAUGUUAAUAAUCUCUCUCUACCACUCCCUCCCUCUCUCUCUCGCUCUCUUUCCUCCCCUCCCUCCCUCUCUCUCUCUCCCUCCCCUCCCUCUCUCUCCCUUCCUCUUCCUCCCUCCCUCUCGCUCUCCCUCUCUCCCCUCCCCUCCCCUCCUCUCUCCCCUCUCCCCUCUCCCCUCUCCCCCCUCUCUCUUUCUCUCUCUCUCUCUCUCUUCCCAUCCCUCUCUCCUCCCCUCUCCUCCCACUCUCUUCCCUCUCUCUCCUCCCCUCCCUUCACUCCCUCCCUCUGUCCUCCCCUCCCUUCCCUUCCUCCCUCUCUCCUCCCCUCCCCCUCCCUCUCUCUUCCCUCUCUCUCCUCCCCUCUCUCCCUCUCUCUUCCCUUCCCUUCCUCCCUCUCUCCUCCCCUCCCUCCCUCUCUCUCCUCCCUCUCUCCUCCCUCCCUUCCCCUCUCUCCUCCCCUCCCUCCCUCUCCUCCUCCCCUCCCCUCCCCUCCCUUCCCUUCCCUCCCUCCCUCUCUCCUCCCCUCCCCUCCCAGGUUCAUGCCACCUGAUGACCCUCUAGGUCGUCAUGGUCCCAGUCUGGAGAACUUCCUGAGGAAACGUCCCAUCAUGCCAGAGCACAGGAAGCAGCCCUGUCCUUACGGUGGGCCCCUCCAUUAUUAUUAACUCUUUAGUAUGUGUUUAUGUUCACGAUGAAGUGCUCACAGUGUUAUAAUGUGAAUUAAUCAUUUCUUAUUCAGCUGGUGCUGAAGAUGCAUUGGUUUGCUACUUUAUAAGUUAACCACUGCCACAUCAUCACUAGCCUGUGUGUUAACCAGUACCCUAUCCUUUCUCCCCCUUUCUUUAGGCAAGAAGUGCACUUACGGCCACAAGUGUAAGUACUACCACCCGGAGAGGAGUGCCCAGUGCCAGCGCUCGGUGGCAGACGAGCUGCGUGCCAGCGCCAAGACCUCUGACACCUCUACUAGUACCAAAGGCCAGGGUGGCGAGGCCGGGCUGGUGAAGAGCCACAGCGAGCCCAAUAAUGUAGCGGUGGGCACCAAGAGAGGUUCUGCCCCCAGCAUUCGGGCACUGUCCUACGGCGAGGCAGAGGACAAGCUGAGACACGCUGAGAAAUGCAAGAACAGCCUCAGUAGUAGUAGUGGGAGUAGUUGUUGUAGUGGGAGUGUUACUCUGUCUCCUGCCCCUGGAGGACCCCCCUCCUCUGCCCUCAGCUACCCCCAGGACCAGCCACCGAGCCUGGGCAGGGACACACCCCACAUAACCCUGCCGGCCCCCCACCCCCACCCUGACCCCUACUCCUCCAGCUGUGACCCUCCAGAUCUCAGCUACUACUCAGUGACGCCGGCCCACUCCGGCCUGGCAGCACGGAGGAGUCCGGAAUGCCGCUUCCCGCUGGACACAGACCUGCGUCUGCUGGGCUCAUCAGACUGUGGCAGCAGCAGCUGUGACUCGUACAGAGAGAGAGCCUCCUGUCUGUGCUGCCCAGACCCCCAGCUGGACAAAUACAUCCACCAUCAGCAUCAUCAAUACUAUCAACACCAUCAUCAUCAACACAACCGCCUGUACUCUCAACACUCUGCCCCCCUGCUCGAACCACACCACCCCCACCCCUCCCACUACGCCCACACACACACCCCCACCUCUGCCCUCCAUGGCUAUCACCAGAGCCUGGCACGGGGGCACAGCUUCCCCCACGACGAGCCCCCUGACCCCCACCUGUACCCCGUCCCCCCUCCCCUCCAGCACCAGGCCGUAGGCGCCCGCUCCAGCUGCCCUGGAGACUACCCCUCUGUGUCCCAGUCCAGCUCCUACCCUCCUGGCUCCCCUCUGGGCCGCUGCCUGGCCAACACGCGGCUGGAGACGCUGUCAGACUCCCGGCUGUACGAACGCUCCCCGCUGCCCCCCAGGAAAGCCUUCUCCUGGGAUCUCUACUGCAGCCAACCCCCUCAGCCCUGCUAUGAGACCUACCAGAGUCUACCAGAGAGCCACGAUGUAGGCUGGGGACAGACCACACUCUCUUACCACCCACUCUACCCCCCUCACUCCUCUCAGCCCCCUCACCAAUCCCAUGCCCCUCAGCCAUCCCACCCAUCCAUGCCCCCCCACCACACGCACCAGGAGCCCCCCGCCCUGAGCCGCUACGGGGAGGUGCGGGAGAAGGUCUACCUCAACCUGUGUAACAUCUUCCCCUCUGAGCUGGUGGGCCGGGUUAUGGGGAGGAACCCCCAUGUGACAGACGCCCAGCAGCUAGCUGCCGCCAUCCUGGCUGAGAAGUCCCAGGCCGGCUACUGA